AUGCUAAAGUUAGUACUUUUCAAUAAAAUUCAUUUUUUUUUUAUAACAGCGUUUCGUACGCAGAUAGUGCAGGUCGUAAUUUCAAUUACGGUUCUUUUGUAGUGGCAGUACGGCAAUAGACAAUCUCUACAGAAAAAACGUGGAAUUUUUUAAACUUGAAAAUAAUAACAUUAAAUGUUCACAUUUCAAAAUAUUUUCAAUAAUAAUGACAAUCAAAUAAGGGGAAAGCUUUUAUGUUAUUAGAGCUUUUUUGACACAGAAUCCGAUUUGAGAUUUGACAAACGUUUUCCUAUUUCUUUACAGAAUCAUUUUAAAUUCCCCAUUUAUCGUAAUGCUAAUUUUGGUUGAAUUUGUUUGUUGAUAAUAGGGGUGUUCGAGCGCUCUCUCCGCCAUCCAGCGCUCAGAACCCCUAAUUUUUUACAUUUUCUCUAAAUUCUGUAGCGUUUGUAGAGCGCUCGAACACUACCUACAAGAAAAAAAAAUAAGUAACAGACGAAUCACUGUUCGUCAGGUGACGUCACCUGACGUUUCAUUGAAAUUUGAAAUCGUCUAAUUUGCGCCUAUAUUUCAUCAUACUACCAAUGAUGCAAGUGUGAACUUUUUGAAGUGACUGUCGAAGAAAAUAGGAUCAUUUCAGCGCUCCAAUUUCCAUUCCCGCCAUAUGGGUUCUACUUUUGUUACAAUGAUGUUAAUGAAGUGGAGGUUUGAAAGAUAUCGAGAAGAAAUAAGGAGAAACGAAGAAAAAACUGAAGAAAUGAUAGCCGAAAUCCGAAGGUUCAAAGAAGAAAACCGAAGCACAGAAGAAGAAAUCCAAAGGUUGGAAGAAGAAAUCCGAAGGAUGGAAGAAGAAAACCAAAGGACGGAAGAAGAAAACCAAAGGACGGAAGAAGAAAUCAAGAAAACAAAGGAGUCACAAAGAUCAUGGCUUGAUAGGUUGUUUGGGUGGAAGACCAAUUGAAACUGUUAUUCAGUUUGUUUUUUAUUAAAACAUCAGUACGGCAAUAGACAAUCUCUACAGAAAAAACGUGGAAUUUUUCAAACUCAAUUAUUUAAACUUGUAAAAUAAUAACAAUGUUCACAUUUCAAAAUAUAUUUUCAAUAAUAAUAACAAUCAAAUAAGGGGAAAGCCUUUAUGUUAUUAGAGCCUUUUUUGACACAGAAUCCGA